AAAUGUCUUCUCAUUAUUGAUCGAAAGACCACACGCUGCAGUAGUGUGCAGAGACGGGUCUCUGACUUUUUUUCUAGUAUUCUCUUGUUUUUGAUCUUCAUUAUAAUCUUUUACUUUUAAUACGUGAUCUCAAUUCCUGUGUUAUUGGAUGGAUUCAAAAACAUUAAUCAAAUUUUAAAUAUACAGUGGUGUUUUUAAAAAGUUUUUCAAACAUGUUGUGCGUCUUAUGUGUUAUUAUUGGAAAUUUUUUAAGCCGGACCUGCACUUUUGUUUUAAAAUGGCAGCCAUCAUUGGUUUUAUUAUUUUAAAACUGAUCAUAGAAUUCCAUAUUUUAUUUUCCAGGAGUGGAUUUGAGUGGAGCUAACAUCCGAAAAUCUUAAAAAGUCGGUAGUUUCAAAAGGAGUAACUAAACAAAACUUCAAGAUGCAUCUGCUGUCACAACCACGAGAGAGACCAGUGAUCUUUGAACGCGCUGUUGAUAAUAAAUAAUAAUUUAUUGGCUACUUGACGUUGCUACAGUCGUGAGGAGGUUCGAAUUCAAAAAGGCAUGUGAAAUAAACAGAAAGUUUCGCUUAUUAAUUUUUUUCUGUGAUAAAACCGUUUUCAAAUAUAGUGUUAAACAAUGUUUUCAAUGUGUAGAAUUCUAGUUACUUUUUAUGUUUUACAUACCAUGACAGUGUUCAGUACUGUAUUAGUGGAGAAGAAAGAAAACUGGUGGUCAUUUUCGCCACAUUCAAAAUAUACAAUAGAUGAAUUGAUGAAUCAAGUGUUUCCAAAGAAGUCCUCAAAUGACGAAGACUUAGAUCCAUGUAAAGCAGGUCCAUUCUUAGGGGAUAUAGCAAUAGGAGAAGGUGGAAAAAUCCCUGCCAGAAUGCGGAGGACUAUUAAUAAUCAAAAGUUUCCCAUAGAUCCGCCCGUACAUGAAUUCGAACCUAAUUUUGAUUUAAAGAGGAAGAGCACUGCCAGCUACGAAAAACGUCGGUUUACUAGGGCAGCAACUGCCAGAAAAGAAAGAGUUUGGGAUUAUGGAGUAAUACCGUACGAAAUAGAUGGAAAUUUCAGUGGAUUGCAUAAAGCUCUAUUCAAGCAGGCAAUGAGGCAUUGGGAAAAUUUUACAUGUGUAAAAUUUGUUGAAAGGAUCAGGGAUGAACAUCAAAAUUACAUCAUUUUUACAGAAAAGCCAUGUGGAUGCUGUUCUUUUGUAGGAAAAAGAGGUAAUGGGGGUCAGGCUAUUAGUAUAGGAAAAAACUGUGAUAAAUUUGGAAUUAUAGUGCACGAACUCGGACAUGUUGUUGGUUUUUGGCAUGAGCAUACAAGACCUGAUAGAGACAGACAUGUUAACAUUAUUAGAGAAAACAUAAUGAGUGGUCAAGAGUAUAAUUUCAAUAAACUAAGUGACGAAGAAGUGAAUUCAUUGGGUGUACCAUACGAUUAUGAUUCUAUAAUGCACUAUGCUAGAAAUACAUUUUCAAAGGGGACUUACUUGGAUACAAUUCAACCUAUCGAUGUACCUGGAAGAAAACGUCCCGAAAUCGGUCAAAGAAUUAGACUUAGCGAAGGAGAUAUUGCUCAAACAAAUCUUCUUUAUAAGUGUCCUAAAUGUGGACGUACUUAUCAAACUAAUUCUGGUACUUUCUCUCCUCCAAUUUACAUGGAAAGUGCACCAAAAGAUGAUAUACGCUGUGAAUGGCGAAUUACGGGAACUCAUGGGGAGAAAAUCGUACUCAACAUCACUAAUCUCGAUAUAGCAAAAUCACAAGAUUGUAAAACUGAUUACAUAGAAAUUAAAGAUGGAUACUGGCACAAGUCACCCACAUUGGGAUUAUUUUGUGGUACAGGUCAAUUUCCUUUAAUAAAAUCUACUGGAAGUAGAAUGCUGAUUACGUAUGUGUCCAAAAAUCCUAAGGGACACAAAGGUUUCACGGCUAGUUAUGAAGCUAUAUGCGGUGGUGAUCUCGUUAUUGAGUCCGAAGGUCAUUUGGAAUCGCCUAAUUAUCCAGAAGAUUACCAGCCAAAUAAAGAAUGUAUUUGGAAAAUCACGGUUCCCAAAAGUCACCAAGUCGCUCUCCGUUUUCAGUCUUUUGACGUAGAAAACCACGACAGUUGUGUUUACGAUUACGUGGAGAUUCGAGAUGGUUUCAUGCCUGAUAGUCCGAUACUGAAAGUUUAUUGUGGACACAAAGUACCUCCAGAUGUAAUAACAUCGUCAAAUCAAAUGUUGGUUAAGUUUGUAUCUGAUGGUUCGGUACAGAAAACUGGAUUCUCGGCUAUUAUAAUGAAAGAAUAUGACGAGUGUUCUAGAAGUGAUCAUGGAUGUGCGCAGCAGUGCAUAAAUACAUUGGGAAGCUAUAUCUGUACAUGUCAGAUAGGAUAUGAACUUCAUUCAGAUGGAAAACAUUGUGAAGAUGCUUGCGGAGGAAUAUUCACCGUACCUAAUGGUACUAUAACAUCUCCAUCAUUCCCCGAUUUAUACCCACUUAACAAAAAUUGUGUAUGGGAAAUAGUGGCCCAUCCACAAUACAAAAUUACCUUAAAUUUUACCCAUUUCGAUUUAGAAGGUAACUUCAAUACCCCGCAGCCACUCCAGCAAUGUGAAUAUGAUAAAGUAGAAAUUUACAGUAAAAUAAAAGAAGAAAAACUGAAAAAACAUGGAUCGUACUGUGGACCUAAAGCUCCAGCACCGAUAACAUCUGAAGGAAAUGUUAUGAGAAUAAUAUUUUCAUCCGAUACCAGCGUACAAAAAAGUGGAUUUGCAGCAGUUUUUUUCACAGAUAUGGAUGAAUGUUCGGUUAACCAUGGAGGUUGUGAACAUGAAUGUGUAAAUACUCUCGGAGCUUACAUAUGCACAUGUCACAAUGGAUACACACUAGCUCAAAAUGGUAAGGACUGCAAAGAAGGAGGCUGCAAAUAUGAAAUUUCCACUCCGUAUGGUACAUUAGGAAGUCCAAAUUAUCCUGAUUACUACCCACCCAAAAAGGACUGCGUUUGGCAUUUUACUACCACCCCUGGACAUAGAAUUAGAAUAGCUUUCCAAAUAUUCGAAUUAGAACCGCAUCAAGAAUGUUCAUACGACCAUGUAGACUUUUAUGACGGUCCAUCUCCUGAGUCACCUUCGUUGGGAAGAUUAUGUGGAUCUAAGCUGCCUCAUCCCAUAGUAGCAUCAGGAAACCAGAUGUAUAUGACUUUCAGGUCAGAUGCUUCUGUACAAAGAAAAGGUUUCUGGGCAUCACAUUCUACAGUUUGUGGCGGAAUAUUAGAAGCGACUUUUGAGAAACAACAUAUUUAUUCCCAUCCUAAAUUUGGCAGUGCUAGUUACGAUAAUAGAGCUGACUGCGUUUGGACAAUAGAAGCACGAGGAGGUUAUAACGUUAAAUUAUCUUUUUUAACUUUUGACAUCGAAGAUGAAAAAGAAUGUGAGUACGACUAUGUUGAAAUAUUUAGUGGAAUGGAUUCAAGUGGUCUUUCAUACGGAAAAAGCUGUGGAACUAAGAAACCUUUCGACAUCAUUUCCACACAUGAAGCUUUACUGGUUAUAUUCAAAACGGACGAAACGCUUGUCGGCAAAGGAUUUAGUCUUGUAUAUGAAGCAGUUGAAGCUUCAACCAGUGAAGAAGAAAUAUGAAUAAACUAAGAUGAAAAUUGCAAUUGGUAUACGACGUGAUAACAUCAAGACGUGUUUGAUGGCGAAACCGGUUUUGUUUGUGUGUACCUGUGAAAUACUAAAAUCAGCUCCUGUUAAAAAUAUAACGAGAAACAUAUGUAAACAGUGGUUCUCAAAAUUAUCGAGAUUUCUUGUAAGUGUGUUUACGUUUUGAACUGUUAGAUUUUUGUAAGAUCAUUUUAUAGCCAUCCUCUUUCACUUCACGAUAUUUGUUAAAUGUGUAUUUGAAAUGUUUGUUAGUAUUUACUGUGAGAUGUGUAUGUGGGAUUCAUAUUAAAGCUCAAAAUAAAUCAGUGUUCUAAUACAUUAAGAGCAAUAUCAGAUAGUUUAGUUAUUAUGAACAAUAAUUACCAACAAUUACCAAUUCUCUCAUUAAUAUUAUUGAAAGCAAUAAAAGUGAAAAGCAGAAGUUUUAGAAAAACUGUAUAUUGUUUUUUCAAAUUGUUCUUAAUGUGUAUAUAUUUAUUUAUUAUCAUUUCUUAUUCUCAUGAAAAGACGUAUACUAUUAAAACUCAUGUUCGAUGAAUUUUUGUUUAGUUUCCAUACUUUCCGGUUAAAAUGGGCAUAAUAUUUUAAGAAGAAUUGAAUCGAAACCAUUUAGUCUAAUUUUUUAUUGCAAAAUAUGGAAUUUUUUUAUGAUAUUCUAACGGAUUUAAAUAGACACUUUUAAAAACUAUGCCCUUCUAUUCUUAUGUAAAGUAAAUUACAUUUAACAAUAAAAGUGCCUUUUUUAAAAUACCACAAGAAAUUGAAUAAUUAAAAUUAUCAGUAUCGAUAAAUCACAUUCAAUACAAUACUGUUACGAACUCGUCGAAAGCUGGUCCUAUUCGAUUACUAGGAAACAAAAAUUUGGUGGACGCGCCGGGUACAAACUUCGUAGGAAUAAGCGGAAACCAUUGACAUUGUUUUUUAUGACUUAUUUAUCUAUAUUAUUUUUAUAAAAGCAAUUUCUAGGAAGGCCUAUUUAUUUGUCUAUUUACUUUCUAGAACUAAUCUAUCGAGAAAUUCUUUUUGUAUAAAAUAGUCAUCUUGUUUAUCAGCGAAAAAGGUCAGUAAAUAAUUGGAUGCUAUGGUGAACGGAUCGAAAUAGUAAUCGGUAAUUUAGAUAAAUUAUAUAAGUUAGUGAAUAAUUUAGUAUUAGUGCAGAAUUGUUAUAAAUGACAAGUAGUCUAUUGUUUAGAGCAUAGUUUAUUGUUUUUGGUGUAAGUGUUAUGUAAAUAAAUCAAGAAAGUGAGAAACACCGUUAGAAACAGUUUAAAUAAAUAAGAAAAAUAUUACAUUGGUGUUCCAUGUGGGGUUCAUUAAAUAAAUAGUGACGUAAACAUGGCUAAGAGACUCCGUGACCUGAAAGUGGCAGAACUAAAAGCAGUAUUGGAUAAUUACGAGAUGGAAGCGUCCGGUAAGAAAACUGAAUUAGUAGAAAGACUCAAAGUGGCACUGGUAAGUGAGCUCGCCAAUUUCUGAAAUGAAGAACGAUUUAUCAUUGAAAACUGACAUUGCCGCUGACGUCGAAAAAAAUCUCAUCUCUAAAAUCGGAUAUCGAGAAUGAAAUGACAACGAUGAAAAGUCAGAUGGGCAAGAAAAUCAAGGAGUUAGAGAAAAAAUUGCACAUUCAAGAAUAGAAAACAUUCCAAAAGAAGAAAA